GGUUGGACUUCCUGGAGCGGGGACUUGUCAACAGGCGGCGGGUCUCGCCCGAGUCGGGGCGGGCGGUGGGCUGGGGGGCUGCCCCAGGGCAGAGAAGAGAGAACCCAGCCCCGCCCCCGACGUGCCCCCCUUUCCCCCGGAUCCUGCCCCUUGGGGCACCGGCCCGACCCUGCCUCCAACUUCAGGGAACUUCCCAGCCCUGCCCCGCCCCCUCUUUGCGGUGGGGGGCUGGGGUGCCUGGAGCCCCCCCUACUGCCCUGUGACCUUUGACCUGCCCCGUGACCUUUGAUCUGCAGGUGAGCUACAAUCAGGGGGGCACCGUAGCCCCCCAUUUGCCGUGCCGCCUGCGGGGAUGUCGCUGCCUCCAGCUCUGUGUCUGGCCGGAGACCCCGGCACGGGCCCGGCACAGCCUCGGCCCCGGUGAGCUGGCGCGGGGACCAUGAGCGGUGCCCGGAAGAAAAGCAGCUUCCAGAUCACCAGCAUCACCAGCGAGUUCGAGCCGCCGGUGGCGCCGCCUGCCGUGGAGCCACAGGAGGACGCGCCACGCAACGGGCCGCCCGGUGCCGCCUCCCGCUUCCGCCUGGUGAAGCUGGACCAGGGCCCGGGUGAGCCCUUCAAACGGGGCCGCUGGACCUGCCUGGAGUUCUACGACCAUGACCCCGAGCACCAGGCCGUGGGGCGGCUCCUGGGAGCCCCCCGGCACCCACAGUCCCUCGACUCCCGCCUGGAGCUGGCUGGGCUGCUGCCCAAGCCCCACGGCUACUCCAGCCUCCCGCCACCGCGCGGGCACGGCCACUCCCAAGGCAUGGUCCAUCCUAGCGAGCAUCUGUCCCACUCGCUGGGGGGCGGGGAGAGGACACCCGGGGGCAGAGCUCACAGCCAUGGGACUGCUGCGGAGCCGAGCCUGGGGGUCGAAGAGCUGCUGCUGCCUCACAGCCUCGCCCAGCGCAUCCGGAGGGAGGUGGAGGAAAGGCACAAGGUGCCACCCCGAGGCUCCCGCCCCUCAUCCCCGGCCCCCCUGUUCUUCCGGGAAGGGAGCCCCGUCCGGAGGGGGUCAGACCCCUUUGGAGGCCACCUCAGCCUGGCCCGCUCCAUGUUCGCUAUGGGGGGCCACCAGGACAGCGACGAUGAAAGGUGAGGCAGGACUUCCUGUCCACUGCACCUGGUGGAGGGCGGGACUU